GUAUUUGCAUAUUGCAUCAUAAUUUGAUCCAAUCAGAUAACGCGUUUCAAAUGAAGCGCGGUGUAUAAACAAAAAUGGCGGAUAUUGAACGAGUAGUGGAAGAAGUUUUGAAAAAAUUUGGCGUUAAGUGUUUAAAGGAUGAACAGCGGAUGAUUUUGGACUGCGUGCUUGAUAAAAAAGACUGUGUCGCCGUGUUACCAACAGGUUUUGGAAAAUCGCUCCCAUUUCAAGCGUAUUUGCCAGUGAAGAGAGCUUUACUCCGUGAUGAUACUAGCUUCGGGAAAGUAAUUGUUUGCUGUCCUCUGGUGUCUCUUAUGCAAGACCAAGUCAGAAAAUUAACUUCCAUAGGAUUAGUAACUGCUGCUUUUAAAGGCACAGACAAGGAGACCGAUGAAUUGAUACAGGCAGGAAAAGUAGACAUCAUCUAUGCAUCCCCCGAGUCAUUAGUUGGAGACAGCCAAUGGAGAUCAACAAUACAAAGACUUAAUGUAACUGUCAUCGUAGUUGAUGAAUUCCACACAGUUGUCACAUGGGGUGGUCUAGAAGCAGAUAAGGAGGAUAAAGUGUUCCGAAAGUGGUUUCGGCGUGUUGGAGAGAUCCGAUCGUACUUUCCUGAGGCAUCAUUAUUAGCACUAAGCGCGACUUGCACAAAGACAAUUAAAAAGAGGGUGAUAGAAGUUUUGGGACUGAAGGACUACACGAACAUUACAGUUUCCCCAAAUAAAGAAAACAUCAAGUACAUUGUGAAGAAAGUAGACCCUAACAUUGAAAGUUCUUUGUUGUGGAUUUUGGACUCAUUUCGAGAUUUAAAAAAGGAGUUCCCACGGACAAUAUUUUAUUGCAACUCAAUAAGAGAUGUUGGGCGUGUGUACAACUUCAUAGUGUCUGAACUAUCAGAUGUUACUAACAUUGAAAACAUGGUUGAAAUGUUUCAUUCUGAAACAACAGAAGAUAAAAAAAAGAAAACCCUUGAAAAAUUGACUGAGGACAGUGUUUUGCGCAUUAUUGUUGCUACCAGUGCACUGGGAAUGGGUGUAAAUGUUUAUGCAUGUCACAAUGUUAUAAUUUAUGGACCUCCUAGGUGUUUGAUAGACUUUGUCCAGGAAACAGGGCGAGUGGGAAGGGAUGGGGAACAAUCAUGUGCCUUUUUGAUGUAUUAUGGUCAACAACUACGGAAUGUUGACCAGGACGUCAAAGACUUCCUCACUUCAACUGAUUGCCGAAGAUUGCAACUGCUCAAGACAUUUCUUUCGGAGAGCGAGUUAAAGCUGGUACAAGGUACCAGAAUACAUACUUGUUGUGACAUUUGUAAUACAGGAUGUUCCUGUAAUUCAUGUUCUUCGACAAUUUUAGAAAAAUAUAUGACAAAUCUGUCUUUAGAUGAUGUACAUGUAAUGGAAACCUCAAGCAGUGACAGUGAUACUGUAUCAUAUGAGUAUGAAUCUGAUGAGGAUCUUGAUGAGAUUAAAUCAACUUAAGGUUCAAAUUUACACAAAA